AUGCAACUCUCUCCGGAUAACCGCUCAAACAACCCCCUCGACCUCACCAAGAUCCGAGUCCGGGUUUCCUCCUUCCUCGGCCGCGAGGAUCACCUCUCUUGCAUUCGUGUCUGCCGAGAUUGGUUCCACGACUUUGCACCGCUAGCUUGGCAUACCGUCGAUUUUGACAAGGAAGCCGCUGCCUUUAAAAAAGUCCCCCCUGAGGUUCUCAACAAGUAUGGCGGCUUCGUCUCUCAGACCCUCAACAUCUCAACAUUGAGUCACAUCCAAGCCCUCCAGCAUGUUAAAGUGAACUCUAUCGUGGCCAUGAAAAUCCAUUUCAACGGGAACUGUCUCUAUCGGUCCAUGCUGUCAGACCUCCUCCGGCGCUCCCACGGAUCCAUCACGUCUUUAACUUUCUGGUGCCACCCGCCAGAACCCAACACGUUUGAAAAGCAGAGGAGCGGAGCCUAUCAUUACAUCCAUGUCAAUGACAUAUUCGCCCCUUUUCCUUCCUCGACGGACCCCAGAUCGAAUGCAAGCCUAGGAACUCGAUUGAAGUCGCUGUCGCUGACGCACAUCUGCCUCACGCGCGAAGGCUUCUCUUCGAUACUGCAAUACUCUCCGUUGCUGGAUGAGUUGACCCUUGAUAGAGUCAUGGUCAUGUACCACAAGCCUGGCAUUCCCCUCUACACAGGAUCCGCACUGAGAUACCUCUCUGCAGACUUUGCUCAAGUCUGGUGCAACGAUAGCUUGGAUCCCUCAGCGCCCUGCCUGCUCCUCCACUUUCCGCUCCUCGAAAAAUGGCAUCUAACCUCACUGGCCCAACCCAACAAUCGAACAAUCGAUCUCAAGAACCUGGACUUUUCUUCAUGGUGCCCUUUGCUCCAGACUGUCACCUUUGGAUCCGACGACACCGACGCCAUAUCGGCCUUGCUUCUCAACAAUUUCAAGGACUUGAAGUCCUGUACCCUUUCAGCCAAGACCUUGGCAAUGUCCACGGCUCUCGGACUGGUCUCCCAUAUGGACUCACUGACUACGAUCAGGUUCACUGGCGAGGCACAGGAAGCAACAUCGAUGCAAUUGCUCAGUGUGACCAUGAAAUUGUGCCGCAACCUUCAAGUCCUGUCUUUCGAGUCCCUUGUCUGCGAUGUGGAGACUGUCGAGAAAAUCCGGUGGGGGUGUAAAGGUCUGAGAGAGCUGCGGGUCCGAUUCCAGGGUCUCGAUACCCCUGAGGACAUCGAUGGCUGCCUCAAGAAGCUAUGUGUUACGACACGAUCUGGUGGUAUUGGGUCGACCCGACACUUAGACAAGGAUACGAUCUCGACUCGAAUUGUUCAGCAUCUUCUCCAAUUCAAGCAGCUAAGGACUGUCUGGCUAGGAACCAAGGAUUACGACCUCCAUCGCUCAUCUGCCUAG